AACAUUUUUUGCAAUCAGUUUUGAAUCAUAAAAGGAUUCAGUCGCAUCCCCGGUCUUUGAUUAUCUCCGAAUAGCAGGAGGCACUUGAUGUAUUUAGAAAAAUACUUGUUGACACACUAAGGAAUUAAUUUAGUUUGGGAUCAGUAGCUCCACUCGCAAUUUAUCUCGCUGUAAAAAAUUUUAUAGUUGAUUUUCUAAAAAAAAUACAUCAUGACUUGUUCUAACGUUUCAAAUAAAACCCAGCGUUCGGAAUUUGUGCUGUGCAUAUCAUUGUUAUUCGUGUGUUUAGCCCAUAAUGUCCAUUGCCAGUCACAAAAGGUGUCCAACGAGAUUGGAGGAAGUGAAAGUUCCUUAUCCAACUUAAUCAAACCUUUAUCAGCCAAAAGUGACAGUGGUAUUGCUCCUGCUGCUUCUAGCAACAUCGGAACGGCGAAUUAUCGGGAGUACGGAUCAGGCUACUAUUAUCAUCCCCAUCAGAAACACGUCGUCUGGAAUCGGGAUUCAUAUGCUGACGCUGCCUCUGAUUUUGGCUACAACCCUACCAAUCAGCAACAUGUUCAUUCAAGUGGUCACAGUGUUCCUAACGCUGAGUACGGAGUUGCGGAAGCUUACGAAGAAGACGGAGCUGGUGGUGGAAUACUUGGAGGACUUGGGGGUUUGGGUGGUUUAGGUGGACUUGCUGGGGUGCUGGGCGUCAAGGGAAUCAAGGGUCUUGGACUCUUAGCUAUUCUGAAGGCAGGAAUUCCAUUGCUGGCUCUCUUGCUCCCAGCAUUGCUGUUACUGCCUCUUGUAUUCUUGUUCCUCCCAGUUCCUGUCAUCACCAUCCCAAGUAAUCCAACUGGCCGAAGCCUCCACCCAGGACUCCGAUUCGGAGAUAUCAGUGCAAGAAUGACACAAUUGGCAAAGAGCGUAAUGAACUCUGAAAAAUGCGUAGAGCGGAUGUCCUGCGAAUUAAGUAAAGUCAGCCAAGGAAGUUUUUUGGAUAAAACUUUGAAACGAGUGUUCUCAAAAUUUGAGAAACAUCUUCCACAACAAAUUCAAAGGAUGGCUCGUGCAUAUAUGGAUCAGUCUUCGCAUUGCAACAAAAAAUACGCUUGCUACUUAGUCGAUGACAAUGUCGUUAGCAAAUCUUCUUAGAUUUAGACCUUGUUAGAAUAUUUAUUGUUUUCGAAUUUCGCAAAUUAAGUUUUUGACACUCAACCGAGAACAUUUCGAUAUGCUUCUAAACUUGGCGUCUAGCUGCGUCACUAGUUACAAGACAACCAUGCAAAUGCCCUGCUAUAGUGCAUUUGAUGAGUUAACCAAUGUAUUUAUAUAGUUACGAACGACGACGUGAAAGACGCUUAAUAAUGACAUGAAUUUUACGAGCUUGACCUACCAACAACAUACUCCACAAGUGAACUUUCGUAAUUAAUAUUGUUCUUUGAAGAAGGAAACCGACACACGUACACACAUAUAUACGCACAUACACAAAUUAGUGAAAAAUGACUGCUCACAUAAAUCGUUGACUGACUUUUACUAUACAAUUACGAUUUAGAAUAAGUACUAUAGUAUAUCAUGUAGCGAGCCGCGUGAUGAAUUUAACCGUGACGAUUGACGAUCUCGAUUAUUAUAUUAGAAUACAGUUAUUCUAUGAAAUAAAAGAAUUACUUGUAUUUAA